UACUAUAUAAACACAACCCACAAAACCUAAUCUCACAAAGAAACACAUCUCUUCUCUUAGAAUUAAUCCAGGCCUGUAAAACCUUCCAUUGUUAUACUAAUUAACAUGGCCCUCAUCAUAUUCAUUGCUUUCUCUCUUGUCCUCCAUGGAGCUCUUGGUGAGCUUGUAUGUGAGAAACUGCCUGUUGAGCUUUGCUCAUACUCAAUCGCAUCGUCUAGUAAGCGAUGCUUAAUUGAGAAUUUCGCGACAAAAGAUGGAAAAAUUGCAUACCAGUGCAAGACAUCGGAGGUGGUGGUUGAUAUAUUGCAUGAAUGGAUUGAAAGUGAUGAAUGUAUUAGUGCAUGUGGAGUUGACAGGAACACUGUUGGUAUCUCAUCAGAUACUCUCCUUCAGCCUCAGUUUUUGGCUAAACUCUGCUCAAAUGACUGUUAUCAAUCUUGCCCUAACAUUGUUGAUCUCUACUUCAAUUUGGCCUUGGGCGAAGGAGUUUUCUUGCCUGAUUUGUGCACCAACCCUCGUCGUGCCUUGUCCGCAACUGGAAGUUCCAGUUACGUAGCUCCUGGUCCGGCCUUCUUCGAAGUUUCUCCAGCUGCAGCUCCUGUUCCGGUUGAUGUUGUGGACCCUGCUUGUGCUCCAACAACUGCCAUAUGAUCUCGUAGAUUAUUAGUUAGCUGUUAAUAACAGUUAUUAUUUACAGUUGAGUAGUUAUUAAGAUCCAAUAUUAGGGUCAGGAUGUUAUGUUACAAAUUUAUAAUUGCAAUUUUUCAGACUAUAUUUGUAAUUUUUUAUGCUUCUAAAUUAUCAAAAUGGG